AUGGCUUCAACUGGGCCCAACGCUUCUGCCGCUGACAGCGCGCCUUCAGGGCCCCGGGCUGACGGGUCUAGAGGCAGAGGCCGCGGCGGACGAGGAAGAGGUCGCGGUCGAGGGCGGGGCAGAGGAGGAGGAGGGGCACAUCACCACAACACACAACAUCCACCAGUCGAGCAGUCCGAGGAUGGGCCACGGCCACCGCCGCCAGCUGGGAAAAUCCCGAAUUUCAAGAUCAAAAACGAAACACAAGAAGGGGCUGAUGACGAUGAUGUCGAGGUCUGCUUCAUCUGCGCCAACCCUGUUAUUCACCACUCGGUUGCUCCGUGCAAUCACGUAACAUGCCACAUUUGCGCAUUGCGCCUGAGGGCGUUGUAUAAGAACAAGGAUUGCCCACAUUGCAGGACUUCCGCACCAUUCGUCAUUUUCAGCGACGACCCCACAAAGCGCUUCGAAGACUUCACCGACGCCGAUAUCACGAGCACUGACGACAACAUUGGCAUUCGAUAUGCUAGCGAGGACAUCGUCGGUGACACCGUCCUGUUGUUGCGGUACAACUGUCCCGAUCUCGAGUGCGAUUUUGCCGGUCUCGGUUGGCAGGACCUGCACCGCCACGUUAAGAAUACCCACAACAAGAAGAUGUGCGAUCUGUGUACCCGCCACAAGAAGGUCUUCACACACGAACACGAUAUGUUCGCUGACAAGGAGUUGACCGAGCACAUGCGCCACGGCGACGACAAGCCAGGCGCGGCCGACCAGACAGGUUUCCGCGGCCAUCCGCUAUGUGGCUUUUGUGGCGCGCGGUUCUACGACAGCGACAAGUUGUAUGAGCACUGCCGGAAUAAGCACGAGCGUUGCUUCCUUUGCGAUCGCCAAGACUCACGCCAACCUCACUAUUAUCUGGAUUACAAUGCGCUUGAGGAGCAUUUUAAGAAGGAGCAUUUCAUCUGCUCGGACCGGGAGUGCUUGGAGAAGAAGUUUGUUGUAUUUGCGUCGGAGAUGGACCUCAAGGCUCACCAACUGAGCGAGCAUGGGGGCACGUUUGCCAAGGGGCGCGAUGCGAGAACGGUGGACUUGUCCAACUUUGACCUGCGCCAGCGGUACGAGCAGGACAGGAGAGGCGGGGGUAACAAUGCGAGGGAACAGCAGCGUCGCCGUGGCCCAGAUCCGAACGCAGAGGCGUUGCCCGUCAGUUCUGCUCAGCCUCUGAGGCGAGACGAACUUGCGUUUCAACGGCAGAUGGCGCUGCAGACGGGCUCGGGCCGACCCGCACCUGGCCCUUCUCGGCCCACACCCAGCAAUGCGCCAGCCCAGAACCGGCCACGGGCACCGGCUGGCGAGCCGAUCAUCGACGCCAUGGAAAACAUCAGUAUCACCGACCUCUCCACGCUCACGCCAGAACAGCGUGCUAGCCUCACACGACACGGCGCUGUCAUUGAGCGCGCGGCUAACCUCCUAGGGAACGACGAUACAAAAAUUGCCACCUUCCGUUCUCAUAUCUCUACUUAUAACAAGGGUUCUAUGACACCGGAACAGCUUGUUGAUGCUUUUUUCUCCCUCUUCAGCGAGACAUCGUCCAAUGCCCUGGGAACCCUCGUUCGCGAAGUCGCCGAUCUCUUCGACGACAAGAAAAAGGCCGAAGCCCUUCGCCGAGCCUGGCAAAACUGGCGCGCGAUCAACGAGGACUACCCUUCCCUCCCUAGUCUCGAGGGCAUGCACGGCGCGACUACCUCAACCACCGGCUGGGCCGCAGCAGCCGCCGCUAGCCGAGGCGGCGCCAACCUCUCCUCCUCCCAGCACGCUGCCGCCCAACUGCGCAACUCCACCCGCGUCCUCAAACUCAAGCACAGCACCCGCCGCGGCAGCGUCGGCUCCGUCAUGUCCCUCGCCUCCUCAACAACCUCAUCCACCGUCCCCGGCGCCACACCAGCGACAUCCUCCUCCUUCUCCACACCCUCAUCCCGACCCUCCCCGUCCAUCCCAUCCUCCGCUUCCGCAUUCCCCGCUCUUCCAGGAACCGGCCGCUCCUCUCAGCCUAGCCAACCCAGCUGGAUCGGCGGGUCAGCGCCUGCUCUUCCAAGACAAAAUCCUCCUCGACCUACUCCCAGCGCACCGACCCGGAAAACCGGCGGCGGUGGAAGUGGAGGAGGUGGGCGGGGCGCGUCUACCGAGGAAGCUUUCCCCGCGCUACCGGCCGCACCGAAGCCGCAGACAACGAUUUUUGGGUAUGGGCGGGGUGUGGUAAGGCGAGAUUUUGGAGUACCACGGGACACGGGGUUCAGUUGGGGGGCGAGUGGUUCGAGUAAUAGUGCUGCGGAUGCGGAAGGUGGAGAGGGGGGUGAUGGGCAGCAGGGACAAGCACAGCAGGGGGGAGGGGGGAAGAAGAAGAAUAAGAAGCAGGUUUUGGUGCAGUGGGGGUGA